AUGUUCUUCAAAGGAAGAAGCUGGCUUUGGUUAUAUGUGAGAACAAGUAUCAUUCUAGGAAGUGAGCUAAACAGCCCAGAGCGACGUGGGCAAAAUAAUUGUUAUCAGCUUAACAGCUUUCACUGCAGCUUUGAGGAAGCAGAGCACUACUGCCAUGCCCAGGGUGGAUUCCUAGCUCAUAUUAGGAACCAGGAAGUUCCAGAUCACAUCUGGGACUUUCUGGAAGAAGGAAAAAAGUGGUGGAUUGGGCAAAAUGUAAUGCCACUGAAAAAACAUCAAGAUGAAAAAUAUCCAGCAGACAUUGUUGCCCACGGGGACACAAAGCCCCCCAGCUGCACCUACCUGUCCAGAAACUUCAGUCGGAUCUCAUUCAAAGGGGACAAGUGCUCACUGGGACACUAUUUCAUUUGCCAGACUGAUGCCUUUUUGGACGGAGAUGCCCGUUAUGAAAGAAACGGAAAUAAUUCUCAUUUGCCAUGGAGACCCGAGAAGACAAAAAGAGAAGCUGAAAUACCAAGAAACAAAAUGCCCCCAGGAGGUGCUCAUCUUUCAACCACAUGUCACCAUCCUCCUCAUGCUCAUCUUUCCAAGAUGCUGUGUCAUCCCAUCAGCCCAUUCUCUUCAGUACUACCAAAAAUCACAGCACAGGUAACGCCAGUCACAUCUGAACCCAGCAGCCAGCCUCUUCCUGCGAGAACAGAGCCCACCAGUCCUGUGUCUGUCACACGUGCUGGUCAGUCUCAGAUGGAAACGGCUUCAAGCCCAGAGGAAGACACCCAUCCAAAUAGCUUCACCUCUCAUCGCCCAGCAUCACUGCAGAACGCGUCUGGUCAGGUCAUAGAUGAGAUAGUAGGAAACUUCAGCAGAGCUGUUCAUGGUUUGCAAGCUCAUAACAAACUGCAGGAAGCUUGUGAGGUACUCCAGAAACUAACAGCCUUGACCCCGAGAUUUUCUAAGCCAGCUCAGGUUCAUCUCAUCAAUUCCCUUAUUUACCUGAGUGAACAGUUCCUGAGGAUCCCAUUUCAGAACAAUAGCAGUCUGGGCUUCAAAGUUCCUGCGACUAUCUGCCUCUUUCAUUAUUUCAACAAUGUCAUCAAAGCUGGAGAAGGAAGUUGGCAGGGAUCCAAGCGUGACCCUGAGCAGGUAGAAGACAUGCUGGAAAUGUCCUUGGUGGCGCUUGGGAAUAUUGGGGAAGCAUUUCUAGAGCAGAAGCAGCCUCCCGAGUCUUCCGUGACUUUGACCUCUUCUAUUGCUUCUCUGCUGCUGAGCAGACAAAACCUAUCAACUUUACCUCUGAGCUCUUACACACUGGGUCACCCGGCCCCUGUGAGGCUAGGCUUUCCAUCGGCUUCAGCUUUGAAGGAGCUCUUGAAUAAACACCCCGGAGUUAAUGUCCAAGUGAGUGUGAAAUUGAUUGUGAUCGGAAUGAAAAUGGGAUCUUAUGGCCAUGUAGGCAUUGGGGCGAAAAUCAUGCUCUGGAGAAAUGUUAGCCUGGAAACCCAUCCCACCAGCGUCAACAUGAGCACAGAUCAGUUUACAAUCACAGUGAACGUCACGUCCUUGGAGAAAUCCCUGAUAGUGAGCAUAGAUCCUGACAGUCCCCUUUUAAUGACUCUCUACCUGGGGUUUCAGUAUCAGCCUAACUGCACUCACUUCCACCUGAACAUCACUCUUCCAAAGGAUAAGGUGUGGCAAAAAGAUGAGGAGUACAUAUGGGUACUGACUCCAGAGCAUCUACAGCAUGGGAUUGGCACCUACUACAUAACAGCUGUGCUGAGAGAGAGCCAGGAGGGUGUUCAGCAGAUGCCCAGCUUGGUCUCCGUCAUCACAGCCGUCACCCAGUGUUAUUACUGGGACAGCCACAACCAGACGUGGAGCAGCCAUGGAUGCCAAGUUGGGCCACAGAGCACAAUUCUGAGGACACAGUGUCUCUGUAACCACCUGACCUUCUUUGCCAGCGACUUCCUCGUCGUGCCCAGGACUGUGAAUGUUGAAGACACUAUCAUACUCUUCCUUCAUGUGACCAGCAAUCCUGUUGGGGUGUCGCUGCUGGCCAGCCUUUUAGGAUUCUACAUGAUCAUAGUUGUGUGGGCCUGGAGAAAAGAUCAAGCAGAUAUGCAGAAGGUGAAGGUUACUGUCCUGGCUGAUAAUGACCCCAGCGCUCAGUUUCACUACCUGAUUCAGGUCUACACCGGAUAUAGAAGAAGGGCUGCUACAACAGCUAAGGUUGUCAUCACCCUCUACGGAUCAGAGGGACAGAGUGAGCCCCAUCACCUUUGUGACCCCCAGAAGACGGUCUUUGAACGAGGGGGCCUGGAUGUCUUCCUUCUCACCACUCAUUCCUCUCUAGGGGAACUGCACAGCCUUCGGCUCUGGCAUGACAAUUCUGGCCUCAGUCCUUCCUGGUAUGUCACCCAGGUAAUUGUCUGUGACAUGGCAGUUAAGAGGAAAUGGCAUUUCCUGUGCAAUUGCUGGCUGGCUGUGGACCUCGGAGACUGUGAGCUUGACCGGGUCUUCAUACCAGUUUCAAAGAGAGAGCUCCUUUCCUUUAGACACCUGUUUUCCUCCAUGAUUGUAGAAAAGUUCACCCAGGAUUAUCUGUGGCUUUCAGUUGCAACUCGGCAUCCCUGGAACCUGUUUACAAGAGUCCAGCGGCUGUCUUGCUGCAUGACACUGCUCCUCUGCAACAUGGUCAUCAGCAUUAUGUUCUGGAAGAUAAGUGGCACCACUGGCAAGAGAGAUGAGCAAAUGGGUACAUUUGCUGUGGCCUGGUCUGAACUGCUCAUCAGCAUCCACACUGCUGUCAUCCUCUUCCCAAUCAAUCUUGUCAUUGGGCGGCUCUUCCCGUUGAUUCAGCCACAGGAGACUGUGCCCCUGUUUCCUCCCAUCCAGGUCUCCUGCCUCUUAGAUGCUUCCGUUGAGCCUCUCUCUGUCACAAUGGUAGUUGAGGAAUUAAGGGAAACUGUGCGAUUCCUGCUCAGGAGACAUACAUACCUACUCUCAGAGUGUAAACAACCGUCAUGGAGUUCUUGCAACAUUACUAAGCUGGUGGAACUUUUAUCCAGCCUCCUGUCUUCUCACUUGGAGGGUCAAGGCUGUCAUCAGCAGGCAGAGCGCCACCGGGCACGUGUGGUUCCUGAAAACCACCAUCAUUUCUGCUGUUACCUGUGUAGAGUUCUACAGAGGCUAAAAUCUCACUUAGGCACUCUGGGUCUCACCCAGGGCCACCAGACUUGUGACCUCCUAGCUGCAGCCAGCCAUCUUCAAAAACUCCAGGAACUCUUGGAAACACACAUGCUUCCCACGGAGCAAGAGCCAUUCAGGGAAGUCACCAGUUUCGCCAUCCUGAGCUCAGAAGAAGGAAAAAGGCCCAUCUCUAAUGGCCUGUCCAAAUGGUUGAGUUCAUUCUGCUGGCUCCUCCUGGGUCUCACUAGCCUGGCUUCAGCCUUCUUUACAGCACUUUAUAGCUUGGAAUUGAACAAAGACCAAGCCACCAGCUGGAUGAUUUCAGUUAUUUUAUCAGUGCUUCAAAAUGUCCUUAUCAGCCAGCCAGUAAAGGUGGUCAUCUUCACGUUCUUCCACUCACUGAUGAUGAGCAGGGUGCCACGGCUUCACAAGGAGAAGGAACAACAAACCAAGAGGAUCUUGGCACUCUUGGCAAAGUGUUCUUCAUCAGUACCAGGUUCAAGAGAUAAGAACAACCCUGUCUAUGUAGCCCCAACUAUGAAUAGUCCAACUAAGCACCCAGAAAGAACCCUGAAAAAGAAGAAACUCUUCCAACUGACUGGAGAUAUUUUGGUACAAAUCUUCUUCCUUACCCUGUUGAUGACUACAAUCUACUCUGCAAAGAACUCCAAUAGAUUUUACCUCCACCAAGCUAUCCGGAGGACCUUUGCUCACCGUUUCUCAGAAAUCAAGCUUCUUCAGGAUUUCUAUCCCUGGGCCAAUCACAUCCUCCUUCCUAACCUGUAUGGGGAUUACAGAGGUAAGAAUGCAGUCCUGGAGCUCAGUCAUUGCAAAUGUGGGAUACAAUUAAUUUUCCAAAUACCCGCUACCAAGACCCAUGAGAAAGAGGAAGGUCAGCUGGCUUUUAUUGACGGCCAUACCUGUGGGUGUCCCAAGGGCCUGUUCCUUGAACCUCAUCUAAGCAGGUUCAGUUAUAUCUGUUCACCCAGGCCUUUGGGGCUGAUUUCCACUGAUGAGCUUCACAAAAAGCUGACAAGAAUGAGAAUGAGGGGUUGGUCUUUGUGUCUCAGGGGUGCUUUCUUCACCUCUGUGAGACUGGAAAGCUUCACUUCCCUUCAGAUGUCAAAGAAGGGCUUUGUCUGGUCUGUCAUCUCACAAGUCAUCUAUUAUCUACUGAUCUGUUACUAUGCCUUCAUACAGGGUUGUCGGCUAAAACGGCAAAAGUGGAGGUUCUUCACCAGGAAAAGAAACAUUCUGGACACAAGUAUAAUCCUCAUUAGCUUCAUCAUCCUGGGGCUUGACAUGAAGAGUAUUUCUCUACAUAAGAAAAACAUGGAACAAUACCACCAUGACCGGGACAGGUUCAUCAGCUUCUAUGAGGCAGUAAAAGUGAACUCUGCUGCAACCCAUCUCGUGGGCUUCCUGGUUCUGCUGGCAACUGUUCAGUUAUGGAACUUGCUGCGUCAUAGCCCCAGGCUGUGGGUCAUCAGCAGGACACUGAGCCGAGCCUGGGACGAGGUGUCAGGCUUUCUGCUGAUCAUCCUGAUCCUGCUGACAGGCUAUGCCAUUGCCGUAAGCCCCCACAUUGCUGUCUCUCCUUCCAUAUGGGCUGUGGUCCUUUUUUUUGUUAUCGCUUUAGACCCAGUCCUGGGCACCUUUCUGGUCCUCACCAGUGUCAUCUUGUUGGUACUUGUGAUAAUUAAUCUUUUUGUUUCUGCCAUUCUAAUGGCCUUUGGAAAAGAAAGAAAGUCACUUAAGAGACAAGUUGCACUAAUAGAUAUGCUGCUACUGAAGCUCUCAAAUUUGUUAGGAAUCCGUCAGCCCCAAAAAACGUCAUCUGAGCAAGCAGCUACGACAUCAAUGGGCAUUGACACUGAAGUUUUAGAAGACGAACUACCUUAAUCCUGUUUUCUCCUACUUGGCUUAG